AUGGUUUCAAUUAAGACUUGGGCCUAUACCAUCUUGGUCUCCACAGCUGCAGCAGCUACUCAAUCCUAUCAAUAUUCUUGGAACAACGCACAAAUUGUAGGCGGUGGCUUUAUCCCAAGUGUCGUCUUCAGUCAAGCUCAAAAAGAUCUUAUAUAUCUUCGUACAGAUAUCGGUGGUGUCUACCGAUGGAAUACUACAACAAGCAGAUGGAACAGUUUGUCCCAAUGGGUUGGCUCUGAUAAUUGGAAUCUAUUGGGUUCCGAUGCGCUUGCUGCUGAUCCAAAUGAUGCAUCCCGUGUCUAUGUAGCUGCUGGAAUGUAUACCAAUUCAUGGGAUACAAAUAACGGCGCCAUCUUGUCUUCAACCAAUCAAGGAAAUAGCUGGCAAGUCAACCCUUUGCCUUUCAAGGUCGGUGGCAAUGAUCCCGGUCGUGGCACUGGUGAGCGACUUGCCAUUGAUCCCAAUUUGGGAAGCACUCUAUUUUUCGGAGCUCGUAGUGGUCAUGGUCUUUGGAAGAGUACUAACUAUGGCGCAACCUGGACAAAUGUUACCUCUUUGCCUAACACGGGACCAUAUGUUUUCGAUCCCGUUUACUUCACCGACCCUGUCGGUAUUACAUUCGUCACAUUCGAUAAGAGCAGUGGUACAUCUGGUUCAGCUACACCUACUGUAUACGUAGGAGUCGCCGACAAUACAACCAGCAAUAUCUAUGUCACCAAGAAUGGAGGUACUACCUGGAGUGCUGUUUCUGGUCAACCUAUUAAUGGAUUCUUCCCGCAUAAAGGUAGAAUAAGCUCUGAUGGCUACCUUUACAUCUCUUACUCAAACGGCGUUGGCCCGUACGACGGUUCCAAUGGUACACUUGCCAAGUACAACACUGCUACAGGAGCUUGGACCGAUAUCAAUCCUUAUCCCAGCCCUUAUUUUGGCUAUGGUGGUUUGGCUAUCGAUGCUACCAAUCCUCAAACAAUCAUGACAGUAUCCUUGAAUUCAUGGUGGCCUGAUGCCAUUAUCUUCCGCAGUACCAAUGGCGGAGCUAACUGGACGCAAAUAUGGGAUUGGACAAGUUAUCCCAGUCGAAGCUACCGAUACAGCAUUGAUGAUUCUGCUUCACCUUGGUUGACUGCUCCCGAUGCAGUCGCGCCUGAGCCUACCAUCAAACUUGGUUGGAUGAUUGAAGCUCUUGAAAUUGAUCCUUUCAACUCUAAUCGUAUCUUCUGGGGCACAGGUGCUACCCUGUGGGGUUCCAAUAAUCUGAAAAACUGGGAUUCGGGAUCCACUAUCAACAUAUCAGUCAUGGCAAAUGGUAUUGAAGAGACCUCCGUUUUGGAUUUGCUCAGCCCUCCUACUGGCACUGCUAAUCUUUACUCUGCGGUGGGCGACAUUGGUGGUUUUGUCCACACUGAUCUCACAAAAUGCCCAACUGCUGCAUACAGCAGUCCAUCUUUCACUUCAACCACUGGUAUGGAUUAUGCUGAAAGUUCACCCGCAUUCAUGGCCCGCGUUGGUACACCUUCUCCUUAUGUCGCAUUCACUUAUUCUUCUGGUAGCAGCUGGUAUGCUGCCAGCAGUGUCCCAAGUGCUGUCACAGGUGGCGGUAUGAUUGCAGCUGCAGCAGAUGGUAGCUCUGUAGUAUGGAGUCCAACUGGCGAUGUCGUCUAUUAUAGCACUACAACUGGAUCUUCUUGGACAGCGGCUUCUGGAAUUCCUUCUGGUUCAAGAAUAGCAUCAGAUCGUGUUAAUGGAAAGAAAUACUACGGAUAUUCUGGCUCUACUGUCUACAUCAGCACUAACGGUGGAGCAACCUUUACCAAAACCGCAGCUACUGGGCUUCCUAGUUUGACGGCUGGAACCGAUAAAGCAAUCAAGGCUGUUCCUGGCAUUGAAGGUGAUGUUUGGAUCGCUGGAGGAACAGGUGGCCUCUUCCAUUCUGUCAAUAACGGCACAUCAUUUACAAACAUGACAGUUGUUACAUCUGCUGUUUCUGUUGGUUUCGGUAAAGCUGCUCCUGGUUUGACCUAUCCAGCCAUUUACAUUGUUGGAAAGGUCAACGGUGUGAAUGGUUUCUUUAGAUCAGAUGACACUGGUGUGACAUGGGUUAGAAUCAACGACGACCAACAUCAAUAUGGAACCGCCAAUCAAGCAUUGACCGGUGACCCACGUAUUUAUGGAAGAGUUUACAUUGGAACAAAUGGUUUAGGUGCUGUCUACGGUGACAUCGCUGGCGCUGUGACAAAUAGCACCAGUACUCCAACUACUACUACGGUGUCAAAGACUUCCACAACUCCCGUGUCAUCAACAUCAACCACGACUACGACCACAUCAACCACUACUGUUUCCAAAACAACAACAUCAAAGACAACUACAACCACCACAACGUCCGCUACACCUACUUCAACUGCGUCAUGCAUAGCUAAGUAUGGUCAAUGCGGUGGUUCUAACUGGACUGGCGCAACUUGCUGUGUAUCAGGAAGCACUUGUUCUCUGCAAAACCCUUACUACUCACAGUGUCUUUAAAUAUUCACUUUAGUUUGGUUAACGUCUAGUGCCAAGGUAGUAGAAUGCUGUUAAGCAGAUUUACAAUAAUUUUAUCAGUAAAUAAAAGCACCAGAAUUGGCG